CUUCUGACCACCACAUCGCAACCUUUGUGCCAUUUGAUAAGGCCACUGAGUGCUAUACCAUGAGCUCUGUUCCAAAGCUCGUCAAUGCUACCAAUAUCACGGGAUCGGCGAGGAAUAACCCACAACGCCGUACCUUACAGAGGACAAAGUCUAUGUACUUCAACAAGCCAUCCAAGCCGCAGAAUGCGAAGGAGAACAAAACGAGGCGGUCCGCACCAUCCUUUUCUCUUCCAGAGAAGCAAGCGACGAGGCUGUCUUCCACUUCUCGCAAUCGCAAAGGACGAUCGCGUAAUGCCCCUGCCGUCCCCCUCCCUCCCGACGUGACCUACUUCUCUCCGUCCCUCCCACGCCCACGUUGCCAGCACUACGCGAUGGUGCUUGAGCCAAUGAACGAUGUAAAUCCGAAUUGGCUGCCUAGCAUGCGCCGCUACAUGGAGCAGCAGCAGCUCACUUGGAGGCUCGCGUGCGAAGGCAAAGUACCUCAUGACGUCGGAUUGUACGCCUUGGAGAUGUUAAUUAAAGGCGGCAUGGCGCGUCGCGGUCCAGGACAUUGUCGAUGCGAGCAAGAGCAGUCUUUCGCGCGUGUCAUUUAUGCAAUGCAACAGCGGGCAGAAGCGGCCUCGAAGCGUUCUGGUUCCUCGUCGAGGUGUGAGAGUGACGGCGAAGCGUCGGCUGCAGCUCGACCACAACGAGACAACUUGCCUGCUGAGGGAUGAACAUCUUUGUCUGCUCAAAUAGUGAGGACGCCAUCUGUCACUGCCUUUUCGUAUCAAGCAGCUCAUAAGACAUACAUAGCUGCAGGGCGAUAUUCCGUGUCCAUUGAGUGCCAAAGCGCAGAGCAACGCCGCUUUCUCCGAGGAGUCGCACUUCGUCGGAGCAGUAUGAACGAAGCAACCUAUUUAAGUGAGGGGACGGAAGGUCUGCAGGCGAGGGCAAGCAAACGUGCCACUCGUGCUGUUUUGUGUACGAUAUAUCCUGGCGCGCUCAUGCAUAGCAGUCAACUGCUUGAGGGUGCUGCAAAGUUAAGGCAUGACCAGAUGUAUGAUGCCGAGAUCUUAAUACUAAACUAUUUCUGCC